GGCAUGCGUGAGUACGAACGUCAACCCCGUGUCUUUAUGAAAGGCGAAAUCCCUCUGUGAGCAGCAGCUGUCUAAAGGAACCGGUUAAUGUAGGAGGAAAAGAAGCUCGUCUCAGAAGAACCGGGCUAGAAGACGGUCCCAUCUCCUCAACACAGUCUGCUCAGCGUGGGUUAUCCUUUCGGCUACAAGUGUAAGCUAGCUGCACCCUCCUCCUCCUCACCGUGCAACAACACACACCACGGGGACGAGCCGACGGACGUAACGUUAGCCGAGAAGGGAAGUGGGCUCCGGCUUCUCUUUCAUCAGGCAGAUGCUCCCAGCCGCCCAGCUUGACAGGAGUGAUGGGAUGUGUCAGCUAGCAGAUGAGGCAGUCCUGGACGAUGUAAUCGGACUGAAGGAUUCACCUACUGCAUUCACACCGGAGCGAGACAAAAGAGGGACAGAGGAGGAGACGGACAUCCCAGACACAAGGAUGGGUGUGGGACAGAAUACCACUUCUAAGUCCAUGGACAGCAGCAGUGAGGGAGGAAAACUUGAAGAGGAGAGCAAAGAUGGCACAGAUUUCUACCCUAUUCCGGUGGUGGUAAAUGGCGUGGGGGGUGCCAGUGGAGACCAGGACACUGAGAACACAGAGCUGAUGGCUAUCUACACUAAAGAUAAUCAAGGAGCAGAGAAGAGCUCAAUGUCUGAGACGUUGGACAGCACAGACAGUGUUGACGCACGGAGGAUGGAUAUGCUCUAUACCAUUGAAGACACCCCUCCCUGGUAUCUGUGUGUGUUCUUGGGCUUACAGCACUACUUGACAUGUUUCAGUGGAACCAUCGCCGUGCCGUUCCUCCUCGCUGACGCGAUGUGUGUCGGCUUCGAUCAGUGGGCCACCAGUCAGCUCAUCGGGACCAUCUUCUUCUGCGUGGGGAUCACCACCCUGCUUCAGACUACACUGGGCUGCAGAUUGCCUUUGUUUCAGGCCAGCGCUUUUGCCUUCCUUGCACCAGCCAGAGCAAUCCUGUCACUGGACAAAUGGAAGUGUAAUAACACAGCAGAGGUUCCACUAUUCAACAGCACAGUGCUUCUGAACACAGAGCACAUCUGGCACCCCAGGAUACGAGAGAUCCAAGGGGCUAUCAUCGUGUCAUCUUUGGUCGAAGUGUGUAUCGGAGCGCUGGGUCUGCCUGGGCUCCUGCUGAAAUACAUCGGACCUCUGACCAUCACCCCCACCGUGACCCUCAUCGGCCUGUCUGGGUUCCAGGCUGCAGGGGAGAGGGCCGGAAAACACUGGGGCAUUGCUAUGCUGACUAUCUUCUUGGUGCUGCUCUUCUCUCAAUAUGCCAGAAAUGUUCAUUUCCCUCUGCCAGUCUACAAGCACAAGAAAGGCUGGACUUUCUACAGGCUGCAGGUCUUCAAAAUGUUCCCUAUCAUAAUGGCCAUCCUCGUGUCAUGGCUGCUGUGUUUCAUUUUCACUGUGACUGACGUUUUCCCGCCGGAAGUAGACAAAUACGGCUACCACGCCCGCACAGACGCACGUCAAGGAAUCGUCCAGGCUGCCCCAUGGUUUAAGAUACCAUACCCAUUCCAGUGGGGCCUUCCAACAGUAACGGCUGCAGGUGUGAUCGGCAUGAUGAGCGCUGUGGUGGCCAGCAUCAUAGAAUCCAUCGGAGAUUACUACGCCUGCGCACGUCUCUCCUGUGCUCCUCCGCCUCCCAUCCACGCCAUCAAUAGGGGGAUAUUUGUUGAAGGAAUCUCCUGUGUGCUGGAUGGUCUUUUCGGGACAGGAAAUGGCUCCACCUCCUCCAGUCCAAAUAUAGGCGUUCUGGGAAUCACAAAGGUGGGCAGCAGACGUGUGAUUCAGUAUGGAGCUGCCAUGAUGUUGCUGCUGGGGCUCAUUGGUAAAUUCAGCGCCCUGUUUGCGUCUCUGCCCGACCCCGUCCUGGGAGCUCUGUUCUGCACCCUGUUUGGUAUGAUCACAGCGGUGGGACUCUCCAACCUGCAGUUUGUUGACCUUAACUCCUCGAGGAACCUCUUUGUUCUCGGCUUCUCCAUCUUCUUCGGCCUGACGCUGCCGAGCUACCUCAAACAGAACCCACUGGUCACCGGAAUAGUUGGUGUCGACCAAGUGUUGAACGUGCUCCUGACCACUGCCAUGUUUGUCGGUGGCUCUGUAGCCUUCGUUUUGGACAAUACCAUACCUGGCACCUCUGAGGAGCGAGGCGUCAGGAAGCUGAAGCGUGGCGGUGGUCUCAGUGCAGCAGAACUGGAAGGGAUGAGAUCGUAUGAUCUGCCGUUUGGGAUGGACUUUCUCCGCAGACACCCUGUCUUCAAGUACUUCCCCAUCAGUCCCACCUUCCAAGGCUACCAGUGGGGGAGGCUACGAGGAACCUGCAGGAGCAGAAAAGGACAUGGGGAUGCAGUGAAGGGGGGAGGAAUUGGAGGGGAGGGAGGCGCGCCACCAGGCGAGAGUGGGGUAUAGCCAACAGGCUGGGGCCACAAAAUCCAAAAUGUGGCGGAAGUCGGGGAGCAAGGGAUGGUUCAAUGAGAUAAAUGGAUGGAAGAGUAGGGGACAGAAGCGAUGCAGGAUUCGGGACUGUGUGUGAUGCACAACCCCCCCUCACCCCCAGUAUGUGUUUUCUUUAGCUUGUGUCAGUCUCUUCCCACUUCCCUCUAUGCUAUUUAAAGCAUGCUAUAGCAAGUCACAGCAUGCUAUAAAGAUGUCACCAUGCGGAGGUUAGUUGGUGUGUGUGCAUGUGUGUUUGCAUCAAGAGAAAAACCUCUUUGUGCAUUAAUUUAAUUGCACUAUAAUCCAGGAGGAGACAGAUGGACAUCAAACAUUUGAAGCUGAAUGUUUUGAUCAUAACUUGCUAACUUAACAAUAUUAUAAAACAUGUUCCACUGAAAACUUAGUAGAUUAGAUUAUGUCAAUCGAGGAUUAUGCAAAAUUCCUGGUCUGGAUCAUCUGCCUCUUAACUUGUUAUGCAGCCUCAUUAGAGACGCACACACACAUGUGCUCACACACCUCCUGCGUCAACAAAACUAGCUUGAGCGCUACAAUGCACGUUGGGUUAUACAGAGUGAUGGGAGUUUUCGUCAGGUGCCCUGAGCCAUGCAAAGUGAUUGUGAGUUUAUUUUUUGUUUUUGCACUAUCUGCCUCCUGAGUCCAAAAGCAGACUGUCUCUCCGCAGCUCAUGCCCCCGUUUCUUCAGUAAACCCACUCAGAGACCUGUUCAGCACACAAAACAUCCACUCAUCUCGUGGUACAGAAACUCUCAUCCACCAUUUGUCUGAAGCAGUAAACGCUAAUAUUCACCUUUAGCUUCCCGAAACCAGUUUACAUCUCUUCAAUGUGUCAAUAUUAUGCAUCAGUAACUGAAAUUACUUUUUUCUAAUGACACACCUUUGGAACAAAUCAGUUUUUCUUAUUACAAAACAAAGCAAGCUCUACCAUAAAUAAUACACCACUGACACUGUCCUAACCCACUUUACAUUAGUACAUUCAGGAAGCCUGUACAUGAUUGUACUAUGAAGUAAAGGUGGAGGUUUUGUUUGGAUGUGGAGUAUUUUAAAAUAACAAAAGCGGUUUUGGAGAGUUUAAUGUUAUUACAGUUUUAUGAUAAAUAAUCAUCAAAUGGUUUUGAUGAUUAUCAAUUCCCCUACAUUCCUCCUCCUCCUCCCAUCUGCAGUCCCUCGCAUGCCUCCAACUUUUAUCCCUCUUUAAUUAACUGCUGAUGUUUGUAACUGUUUCUGUCUGUUGUAGUUCAGGUUGUGGCGGUUCAUUUAGCUGAGUAGAGUUUAAUGAGAAAAGUUUCAGAGCAUCAGCAGCCUGUUACCUAUUAGGCCCGAAGAGCAAGUCUCUAAUUCGACUCCACUGUGUGCCUCUGGUGUUUUUAAUUGGAAAAACAGCGAUUUAAAAACGCCAUAAAGAGUUAGCAGAGUUAUAAUCUUGGUAAAUAAUGAAGCAAAAAAGUCCAUUAUUGUGUAUUGGUACAAAUGACAGCUAAUACACUAAAUAUUUAGUUUUUUACUAAACCAAAAUGCUAAUAGCUCUUUAUUUUGAUUUCAUCUGAUUUGAGUGUUUCCCACAUACCAAAACUUUUGUAUAAGUAUUGGCUUUUUAUUGCUAUUAAGAAACAAAACAAAAAAAACUAGUUUGACAUCUCUUCCCAAAUUUCCUCACUUUUUUAUCUACGAUGUUAAAGCUAUUUAUUUAUUUAUGAGCAGAAAGUUGAUGUUUAGAGAUUGCCUGAAGCAGUUUUAUGUGUCUGUUGCACAAUGUUGAAAGUAUAUUUAUUAGCCUACUUGUUCAUGCCCCCUAAAGAUCAGUGUGAUGACAAUGGACCACCCUCAGCCUCAGCUACAGGCGGUGCAUUUAGAACUCACAGCUGGCAUCAGCAUUUUUUUCUAAAGAUGGUUUCUAAUAUAAGCUGCUUCUAUUUCAUUCCAUUUAUAUCAUGUUGUUUUUUUUUAAAAGAGAGGAAAACACUUUUAAAUGUUAAAACGGGAUAGGUUAGUCCAACUUCAUUAUCAAUGCCUUUUUGCUACAAGUACUGUUUGCACAUGUUAUGGUGCCAAGAAGAUCAGGGUGUCGGAGUGACAAAUGCUCACCAACACGAAACCCUAAAAUGUCAAAGUAUAAGUAUGAACGUUGUUUUGAUUCAUGACCUGAAAUCAAGGAGCUGAUUGUAAUUGAACCGUUUUGGACCUUUGGCUAUAAUAGCAUGGUUAGCUGUGGCCACAGUUAUGACUUUGACACCUACAAUAAUACGAUUCUUGUGAUUUAAUCACAAAAUGCAACAAAAAACAUAAACACAUUAAGUUGGAUCUUUAAAGAUAUUUUGUUAUCUUUCAAAUGUCUUGUGUCCGCUAGGUAUAAUACAAAUGUUUGCCCAGGACCAAGUUAAAAUCUUAUAUUUCCACAGACUGUGAUGCUCCUCUCUGCUCUACUGCUUUGCUAGAUUUAAACUAGCCUGUAGAACCUGGCAGUGACCAGUGUCCUGCCUAUAACAUACCAAAUCAAGUAUUUGAGUAAUCAAUUUUGAUACAACAAAAUCAAGGCUGUCAAGAUGUGUUUGACUUUUAAAAUAAAAUACUCACGGUCCCAGCUUCUGUUAAAUAACAAUAGUUUUAUGCAAAUUGAAAUUCACUUUCUUUCACCUAAUGUUUAAAAAAGAAUCUAGUGUACAUGUGUGUUCAGGCAAUACCCACAUACACAAAUUCAACAUACUAUGCAUUUGGAACCUACUAAAUAGUCAAUGUCAUGUAAUACUUGGUGUGAAUAUAUAUAUUUGUAUGCAAUUUGAACACAGCCUUAAGUCCAAAUUCUACAGGGGCAACAUUUCGGGGUGUAUGCAUGUAAUUAAGUUAGAAAAUGGUGGUAGUAAUUGCUGAAAUUCAGGUCCCACAAAAUGACGAGUUGCAGUCUGUGGAAAUGUUUGAUUUAAAUGUUGGUCUAGUGACAGAGAAAGCAAGGUCCAGAAGAGACUUGACUACCGGCUACUGAUGUGUGCUGAAACUGAAAAUCUAAAACCUGACUGUCAGCAUCUUAAUAUGUUCUGUGGAGAUGAUAUUUACAUGGGAGGUCAGAGAGCAGAUACCUCAUAAUGGUUCUUCUUUGCAGAGGAAAGCUAUUGAGAUGGUUUGACAUUUUCCCAGCACAUCUUGCAGUGAUUCUGUAGAUCAUGGCAUGCACAGAUAAAAAUCACAUGCACAAUGUGUCACGUUGUUUCCUGUGUCAAAUGUUCCUCUGCACACUCACACACAAACUCGGUUUAACCCCUCAGUCCUGCAGUGUACUGGUGUCCUCUCAUGUUUACGGUACCUGGUUUUUUCCCCGGGAACUCUUACUGUUGACGUUACUGGUUGCAGGACGCCGGCUGGCCACCUUAUUAAGAUUCUGUUGGUUGUUGUCAGCUGAGUGAACCUGCCUUAUCGCCUAACAGCAAAAUGCAUUUGUGCCUACAGGCAGCUUCCUCUUGUUUUUAGCUUUUACCCUCCAGUUUUUAUUGUAUUUUCUUAUUGAUCACAUAGUUGUUACAGUUAGAGUGAAAACUCUUUGGAUUUCACAAGCACAGACUCUCUCGUCCUUGAAUCACAUACGAGUUAGAUUAACCAGCAGCUCUUAAGAUGGUGGCCAUAAGGUGCAAAACACAAAGAAAUCUAUCCCUUUCAGUUAUUUUGAAGGGGGUGCUACCUUAAGAAUAUACUUGUGUAAAAGUGUUUUGUCUUUUUCAAUGUUUUUUUUUUUUUAUACAUUAUUUUUAUGUUUUUGCAAACAAAUAUUUGUAAGAAACAAAUCAUAACUUUUAAUCUUAAAUCAUGCUGGAAAACGCACCAUUAUGUUGUACUUUUUUAUUUAAAAGUAAAUACAUGUCAAUCCUAUUUUGAAUCUGUGGUUUGGUGGAAUCCUUUCGUGUGUUUUGUUAGGACCUUUUCAUAUUGUAUUUUUUUAACAUUGCUUUCUGUUCAUUUUAACACAUUAUCAGUAUAUAUAAAAUGACAAGAUGAGAGACUUUAAAUAGAUGUAAAAACAUGUAUAUUAAAUGUAGUAAAGUUUGCUAAACCUUCUGGAAGAGAAAUUGUGUAAACUAAUUGUAGCAACAAAUUGUUUUAUUCGUUGUUCCUAAAUCUAUUUAAUAAGAUGUUACUGAAUGAA